UGCAAGUAGCAGACAAUGCAAGGACACAAAUUUGAGACGAUUCGAAAGACUUUCACUGGAAAAAUUGUCAGGGAUCGAACGACAAUAGGCGGCACACAUGAGCGGACAUCGCAUCACAAUGAAUAUCCGCUCCACCACCAGUGGAAAAACGGACGCGAAAUGAUCGACACCAUUUCGGAUAUUUUGCGGUUCUUGUGCCUGUGUGUGAUGAUUGAGAAAGGGUCCUGGACCCCCACACCCAUCAUCAAUCAUGAUCCCAAGAAAAGGACACUCAAGGAUAACAACAGUAAGCCAGAGUGGCUGAAGGAGUGGACGAUCAGCAAGGGGUGGAUCCACAACAGGUCGCAUCUUUUGACCCUAGGGAAGGAAAACGAAGAUGACAGUAGCUCGGUAUCCACCGAAGAUAUCGAAGAGCUGAUUUCGAUUGAAACCGAACAGGAGCAGGACGUCUCGUUGAUUUUCCACCAAGUUUCCGAAAAUUACAGACAAAACUUCCCGGAAAACCCCCCAGUCAAGUAUAACACUGAUCUACAACUCCCCGAGAUCUACAAAGAGCGACUGCUGAUGACCAAAGACGAAAGUUAUUUGAACCAAAUCUGGAAACUAAUCAAACCGAAAAAAAAGUCCAGUAAGACCUACAAUUGCAAAUUCACAGUCAAUCAAUUGUACGAACCGACCCAAACAAUCCCAAGAUCUACAAGUUCCACAACCAAGGCCAAGUCUCGCACAAACUUGGGCAAAAACAUCGCAAUUUUCAACACCCUGAACUCGAAAACGAACCUACAUGAGGACCCAAUCUACGAGUGCUCGGAGGAGAACAUGAGCAUCUACAACAACCCGAUCUACGCCCCCUUGACUCGCUAUUACGACUUCCACUCGAACCGCCUUUGCAACAACUUCAAGUACCGGAAACGCCCGGACUUGUCCCAAAAAACGGAAAAAUACAUAAUCCGCCACAUCAAAGUCCGUAUCAUGUUGUCGCUAAGAAUCGGAAAUUUGAAAAAACGCUACAGGAACAUGGCCAGAAAGUCCAGCCUGCGGGAAAGCAUCGAGCGAACACACGCGGAACAGCGCCGAAUCGGCAACGGCAAAACCUCGAUCAAAAUCCAAAAUCUCAGACACGGCCGACUGAACGUUCUCCGCUGGUUGCUCUGGGAGGCGGAAUUCCGCGCGGGCAGCAACAUGCCCGCCUUAGAACGCGCCACCAACACCACCCUGGCACUGCAUUACGCCGCCGCCAGAGGAUGUCUGGACUGCGUCCGCCUUCUGGUCGACUCGACUCCAGACCUGAGUGCCAACACUCAGAUGGACAAUGAUGUCACGCCGGUCUACUUGGCCGCCCAAGAGGGCCAUUUGGACGUCCUCAAGUUCCUAGUUUUGGAGGCGGGCGGCUCCCUCUACGUCCGCGCCAAAGACGGCAUGGCCCCCAUCCACGCCGCCUCCCAGAUGGGCUGCCUCAACUGCGUCAAAUGGAUGAUACAAGAGCAGGGGGUGGACCCCAAUUUACGGGACGGCGACGGAGCGACUCCGCUACACUUUGCCGCCUCUCGGGGGCAUCUCGAGACCGUCCGUUGGCUGCUCAAGCACGGCGCGAGACUGUCGCUCGAUAAAUAUGGUAAAAGCCCCAUCAACGAUGCCGCGGAAAACCAACAAGUCGAGUGUUUGAACGUGCUGGUGCAACACGGGACGACUCCGGACUACAAAGAUGGAAAGAAGAGUUGCUCGUGUACCAGGAAGAGCGAGCAGUUGAAAAGGGGGAACAGUGUCGGGAGUGACUGCUCGAGCUGCAAACCGGCUGAAAACGACAACUCCGAGCCGUUCUAUCUGCACCCCCCGCUGGGCGGGCGCGCCAUGGAGGCCCCACACGCCCCCCAGGACGGCCUGUACAUCAACCCCAUGAACAACCACAGACACAGCGCCUCGAGCGCGUCGGAGACCAGCUCCAACGAAAGCGUCAACGGGGAGUCCUUCUACCUGCACAACCCGCAGGAAGUGAUCUACAACCGCGUCAAGGACCUGUUCGAGGCGCCCCAAAGACAGCCUCUCUCUGCCCUCACAGUAAAAGUGGAAGUACACUCCAGCAGCAGCGGAGCGGGGUCAGACGAGAACCUCUCAUCUUCGGACCUCUCGGAGCGUUCCGGCGACCACGACCACGACUACGAAGACAUCUACUUGGUCCGCGAAGAGUCCGACAAAAAAACAGACAAGCAAGCAAAUGUUCGUUCGCGGUCGCGCGACAGCGGAUCACACAGCCGUUCCGGGUCGGCGAGUUCGUCCAAUUCGGGAUGCAACGUCGUGGUGAAGGUUACACCAAAUAAGAAAACCAACGACUUUUUGCCCAAGCCGCAAAAGUAUGAGAAAAUCGAGAAGAAGAAGGAGGAGGAGGAGGCCGAGAAGACCAAGCAGGGGGAGAGACACUCCGUACCGCCGAAGAACGUAACGCCGAACACGAAGGUGUUGAAAAGGGUGACGUCGACGCCGGGGAAUAUCUGCCCGCCGCCGCCGCCGCCGCCACCCCCACUGAGUGAAAAGAAGGAAGUAGCGGAAGAGGAUGAACCACGAGGGGCCGAAGUGGUGGAGAUUGUGGAGGAGGCGACGCUCAAGCCGUCGGAGAUCGCAAAAGGGAUGUGUAAGACGAUCUCGGCGUUAACGACUCGCCGACUUAACUCCUCCUGCUCGGACCUGACCAUUGUUAGUCUAAGCACCGAUACCGACGACACCGAGAAGCACGGACCCAACUUGGUCAACAAGCAGAGAGUGUUACCUUUCAUCCCUCCGAGUUUCCCCGGAAGUGCCAACUCGAACAACUUGAUCAAACCCUCCGAAUACCUGAAGAGCAUCAGCGAUAAGAGAUCGUCCGCAUCCUCGAUUAGGAGCAACUCGGAGAGCGAAGAAGUGGUUAUGACGGCUGAAGACAAGGAAACUCAGAAAAUCCAAGGACCGCCGCCACCACCCCUUCCCGAAACGACACCAAUCGAGCAAAACGGAAAGAUCGAAACCAACACGGAUACAGUCAAAAAACAGCAACAACCACUCUCUGCCAUAAGUAUCCAAGACCUAAAUUCGGUCCAAUUGAGAAGAACGGACAAGAUGGUCGCGUCCAAAACCUUCUCCGCUCCUACCAGAAGCAUGAGUCUUCAGUGUUUGCAAAGUGAGCCGUUUUUGGCACAAAAAACCGACCUAAUCGCCGAACUCAAACUCUCAAAAGACAUACCAGGAAUAAAAAAACUGAAAAUCGAACGAGCCAAAGUGGAAGAAACGCGCGAAAAGCAACUCUACACCGAAAUUUCGAAACAAUUCACUGCGACCAAAUUCGUGGAAAAGAUUCCUGAUAAAGACAACACUGGCAACGUCAUACCGGCCUGGAAACGCCAGAUGUUGGCGAAGAAAGCGGCCGAACGGGCGCGCAAAGAGCUCGAAGAGCAGAUGUUGAGAGAGGCGGAAGAAAAAAGAUUGCAAGCGAUACCACAAUGGAAGCGCCAAUUAAUGCAGAAAAAAGAAGAGGCGGAAAACAAAAUGAGGUCAACGAUCUACACCCCGAAAGUGGUGGACGAUCCCCGAUCCUUGAAAAUCCAAGAAACACACGAGUGCCUCAAACAGACCGCCCAGCCGGAAGAGAAGAAACCGGCCGAGGAUAUCAAUAAUAACGAAAGUGUGAAGGAAACGGUCAGCCAGACGGAAGAGGAAGAGCCCGACGAAGACACGAACAUAAUACCAUGGCGAGCGCAGCUCAGGAAAACCAACAGUAAACUGAAUUUAUUGGAUUAGUCGCUAUAGUUCCGUUGUUAUUUCCAAUCGUGUAAAGUGUAAAAUCGUUGUUAUCUGUUUUAUAUUUUAAGGUAACAGUUGCAAUAUUAGACUAAGUUAAGACAAGUCAAUUAUGUGAUGUAUGUUUUUUAUUACUUUAAGACUAGGUUGUAUUUUAGCAAUAAAUUGACUGAGGCCGGCUUUACCGGCAAUUACCUAUUAAAUUAUUGGAAAUUGUAGCUCGGCUACCAUUUUAAGCUUGUGAAGGUUCGGGAACAGUCUUGCUUUAAUAUUCAAAUUUCUGAACAUGUAUUGUAUCAUAUUGUAGUCGCUUUUCAUAUAAUAAAACAUAAUAUGAAAA